UAGAUAAUUGGCGAACAGUCCACAGCUACUUUUUGCCGCCGUAUUAGUAUAUCGCCUCUUCCGUCUUCAACCUCACAUAAACCCUCUCCUUCUGUGCCUCUAAACCCCAAAACCCAAACGUCGCCGUUUUCUUCCAUGGCUUCGAUAUCGGCCGACCUGGUCACCACCUUUCUCGGUCUCACUUAUCGCCACUCAACCCGGCUCCCCCGGGUCGGAGCCGCGGCUCUGUUCCCUCUCACAUGGAGACCAAGAACUCCCCCUCACUCCCAAAGCCUACGCUACUCGACGUCGUCGUUUUGCCGAACACUCGUCGCCAAGCCUAAGCUCGGCUGCAGAAGGUUCACUGUGGCUGCGACCGCAACGACGUUGCAGAGCGAAAGCUCCGACGUUUUGACCCAGAUUGUCCCCGAUAAUCGCAUCCCCGCCACGAUAAUCACCGGCUUCUUGGGCUCCGGAAAGACGACAUUGCUUAACCAUAUACUAACUGCGGAGCAUGGGAAGCGAAUUGCGGUGAUUGAGAACGAGUAUGGUGAAAUAGACAUUGAUGGUUCUUUGGUUGCUGCAAAAACCACUGGGGCAGAAGAUAUUGUUAUGUUGAAUAAUGGGUGUCUUUGCUGCACUGUGAGGGGUGACCUUGUUCGUAUGAUUUCGGACUUGGUUCAUAAGAAGAAAGGGAGGUUCGAUCAUAUUGUAAUAGAGACUACAGGAUUGGCAAAUCCAGCACCGAUCAUUCAAACAUUUUAUGCUGAGGAUCAGGUUUUUAAUGAUGUCAAGUUGGAUGGUGUUGUCACGUUAGUUGAUGCUAAACAUGCUGUUUUUCAUCUGGAUGAAGUUAAGCCAAAAGGAGUUGUCAAUGAGGCUAUAGAGCAGAUUGCUUAUGCUGACCGUAUCAUCGUGAAUAAGACCGAUCUUGUUGGCGAGCCAGAAAUUGCUUCUUUGGUGCAACGAAUAAGGAACAUCAAUGGUAUGGCUCAACUGAAGCGGACAGAGUUUGGAAAAGUUAACCUGGAUUAUGUUCUUGGUAUUGGAGGAUUUGAUUUGGAGAGGAUAGAGAGUGCUAUUAACGCUGAAGGUGAAAAGGAAGAUCAUGAUCAUCACCAUGAUCACCAUCAUGAUCAUGAUCACCAUCAUGAUGAGAAACAUGACCACAAGCACGAACAUCAUGAUGAUCACCACACCCAUGACCAUGUUCAUGAUCCUGGCGUUUCUUCUGUCAGCAUAGUUUGUGAAGGGAACUUAGAUCUUGAAAAGGCUAACAUAUGGCUCGGUACACUGUUGUUGGAACGGAGCGAGGACAUAUAUCGUAUGAAAGGUCUCCUAUCUGUUCAGGGAAUGAAUGAGAGAUUUGUCUUCCAGGGAGUUCAUGAUAUAUUCCAAGGCUCACCUGAUCGGCUGUGGGGCCCCAACGAGCCAAGAACAAACAAGAUUGUUUUCAUAGGGAAGAACUUGGAUGCACAAGAGUUAGAAAAGGGUUUUAAAGGCUGUUUACUAUGAUUACUUACAAUUCUCAUACUUCUAUUUGUCCAACCCCCCAACCCCUAUUUUUUCUAUUAAAAUUUGAACGAGGGAUGUUUUAACGUUAUGAUGUACAUGUGGUGUCUUCGGUUAUAGUGAACGAGUCAUGAGAAUCAAUCAAAUAUUUGAUUUUUUUCCUCUUCA